UUUUACGAGAAAAUUCCCAAAGUUUUAAUACAACCCGGAUUUUAAAUCAUAAUCACUAUGGAAGAAAAUAUGGAGUCACAAGCCGCCCCUUCUUUCCCCCGUGCCGGAUUCCGCUGUUACAAUUGUGGUGAAAACGGACAUCAAGCUCGUGAAUGCACCAAGGGCGCCAUCUGCUAUAACUGCAAUCAAACCGGACACAAGGCCAGUGAUUGCACUGAACCCCAGCAAGAAAAGACCUGUUACGCUUGUGGCACUGGUGGCCAUCUUGUUCGUGAAUGCCCUUCCAACCCCAAUCCUAAUCCUAAUCCCCGCCAAGGCGCUGAAUGCUACAAAUGUGGACGCGUUGGUCACAUUGCUAGAGACUGCCGCACUAACGGCCGUUUUGGAUCCCGUCCUAUGAACUGUUAUGCUUGUGGUUCUGUUGGUCACCAGGCUCGUGACUGUACCAUGGGUGUCAAGUGUUAUUCUUGUGGUAAGAUUGGUCAUCGUAGCUUUGAAUGCCAACAAUCCAACGAUGGUCAAUUAUGCUAUAAGUGCAAUCAACCUGGCCAUAUUGCUAUGAACUGCACUCUCCCUGGUGUUGAGGCUUAAAUAAAUGGUUUUCAAUUGACGUCGUUGGCCUAGGAUGUGCUCUAGUAAAUACUUAUCAACUAUUUUUUUCAAGACAAUGCAUAUAGAAAAAAAAACUGGUGCUUAUUUUUCUUUGAAUUUCUUACUACCCACUCAUUCAAUUGAUAAGUUCCAUCUUUUCCUAAAAAUUCCUAGAAGGGCUUUUGAAUCUUUUAUGCUAUUUUCCGGCCUGUUUUUCGUAAUGUGUUGGUCUUUAAUUUGGUCAUUGCGAUAGUUCCUUUCUCAGGAACAAAGGUGCAUCCUUUUAUAACGUUUGUUUCUUUUUUUAAAAAAAGUUAUCUUAAUCGGGUAUAAAGCUCUUGAUUGGCAUACUUUUUACUUGCCGUAUCUUUUUACCUCGUUUUUCCUUUUCCGAUUCACCUAUAUAGGAUAUUAUAUUUUAAACUUCAUCGUUGGUUACGGUACUUGUAUUAAUAUUGACAAAAGGGUUUUGGUCAUUUCUCAUAGUAAUCUUAUUUUUAUUGUUCGUUCA